GUGGGUGGAGCUUCGCGGCAGAAGAGUCCAUAUUUGGCGCGCGCGCGCGAGCGGAAGGGCGAGGUCACCUGGUGCGGCUGCGUCACAGCCGAAACUACCUGCUGAAGCUUAUUUCCUCAAAUCGCACCGACAAGUUUAUAAAUCUUCACGCAGUGGCCGCGCACUUUAGUCUCCCAAACACUAAAAGGAUUAUAUUUUGGAUUGUUCUUUCGGCGUCGAAUGGAGCUUAAAUGGGAUAUCCGUUUGGGAGUUUUGAUUGUUUUACUACAGGUCGUUUGCGGUGGCAGUGUGUUGUCGACGCCAUGUUCUCCGGGCUUUGAGUCUGAUCUUUUCGUCCUCACAGUUCACAGACACCACCUGCACAGGGGCACAAGGCUCGGCACAGUUGUUUUCAACAACUGCGAUGGAAGGAUGCGGACUGUCUUUGACACCACUGAUAGGCGGUUUCAUGUAGAAUCAGAUGGUACAGUGAAGAUGAAGAGACAGGUCACUCUUCAUGAUGGCCAUAAGACAUUCUCAGUCCAUGCUUGGGACUCCAAGGGAAAGAAACACACUGCGUUGGUGAGAGUGGAACAUCAGGGUAAAGCUAACCACAAUCACGAGCAGCAGGAAGAUGUUGGGGCAUCUGAGCUUGAACAGACUGAAUCAAUUCUACUUCUGGAGUUUCCAAAAUCAGGUGGGUUGCGGAGGAGAAAAAGAGAGUGGGUCAUUCCUCCAAUCAGAAUCUUGGAGAAUGACCGCAAAGGGCCUUUCCCCAAGCCGCUUGUGCAGAUUAAAUCCAGCUUUGCCAAAGAAACACAGAUGGUGUACAGAAUCACUGGUGUUGGUGCUGACCAGCCUCCAGUAGGACUUUUCACGAUAGACAAAUUCACUGGUCAGAUGUAUGUGUCGAGGCCUCUUGACAGAGAAGAAAAAGAUAAAUAUGAGCUGCAAGCCCAUGCUCAGUCGGCUACUGAUACAAUUAAAGAACCAGCCAUGGAGGUUAUAGUUGAAGUGCUGGAUGCGAAUGAUAACCAUCCUAUCUUCACACAAAAUCCAUUCCUUGGCAGUGUACCAGAAGCUUCAAACAUAGGGUUUGAGUUCAUGACGGUCAGUGCCACUGAUGCAGAUGAUCCAAACACUGACAAUGCUGAGAUUAGGUACUCCAUCACCAGUCAGAUUCCACCAGUCCCAUAUCCUAACAUGUUUGAGAUCAACCCCGUCACUGGAGCAAUUCGAGUGAAUUCUGAUGGACUGGACAGAGAGACCGUUGGAGAAUAUACCUUGGAUAUUCAAGCAGCGGAUAUGGCUGGACAAGGCCGUGGAAUUAUGGGAAAAGCUGUUAUUACUGUAACAGACAGCAAUGACAAUGCACCUGUAUUUUCCAAGACCUUGUAUGAAGUGUCUGUCCCGGAGGAUAACGUGGGAGCUCUUGUGGCGAAACUGCCAGUGACUGAUGAUGAUGAACCACAGUCAUCUGCCUGGGCAGCAAAGUUUAGAAUUGUUAAUGGUAACAGUGGUGGAUUUUUCAACAUUAGCACAGCACCAAACAAACAGGAGGGCAUCAUUACUACUGUCAAGGGGUUAGACUAUGAGGAGAACAACAAAUUCACAUUGCUGGUAGUUGUGGAAAACGAGGUUCCAUUUGCUAAACCUUUGCCUACCUCCACUGCCACAGUCAUUGUAAACGUUCUCGAUGUGAACGAGGCUCCAGUGUUUGAACCAAAGGAGAAGAUUGUUUUCAAAGCUGAAAAUGCAGCAGUUGAUAGUGAACUGGCCGUGUACACUGCCACUGAUCCGGACACAAACAGGAACCAGAAAAUUACAUAUCGUAUAGGCACUGAUCUGGCUGGCUGGCUAAAGGUUAACCCAGAAACAGGACUGAUCACAGUCAAGAGUCCUAUGGACAGAGAAUCCACUUAUGUGAAAGAUGGCAAAUACAAAGCCCUAAUUCUAGCUGUAGAUGAUGAUGUCCUUCCAGCAACUGGUACUGGUACGCUUGUAAUCGAGUUGGAGGAUGUGAACGAUAACGCUCCAUUAGUUGAAGAGAGGGACCUGAGAAUAUGUAAUAAGGAUUCCCCUCCAAGCAUUCUGUCUGUGACUGAUGCUGAUGGGCCUGGCAACACUUCUCCUUUUAGCGUGGAGCUGCAAGGAGAUGGCAGGAACAAUUGGACUGCUAGGAUGAAUGAUUCAAAAACAGGGAUUAUACUUUCACUUAAGACACCACUCCAACAGGGAAUAUACAGUGUUAUUCUCAGGGUGUUUGAUGCCCAGCAACUCUCACAAGAAAACGUUGUCCAGGUUGAAGUAUGUGACUGCACAGGAUCAGACGUUCAAUGCAAAGACCUUCGUGGGGCAGUUAUUGGCUUUCCUGCGGUGUUUGGAAUUUUGGGGGCUGUUUUGGCUCUGUUGUUGCUGCUGCUGCUGUUGCUUCUGUUCCUUAAAAGGAAAGGCACCAAGAAGGAGCAGCCCCUUAUCAACGACGACGAUAUCCGUGAUAACGUUUACUAUUAUGAUGAAGAGGGUGGCGGAGAGGAUGAUCAGGACUAUGACCUGAGCGUUCUGCACAGGGGACUUGACAACCGCCCUGAUGUGUUCCGUAACGACGUGGCUCCCACCUUUAUGCCUGCUCCACAAUAUCGGCCGCGGCCUGCAAACCCAGAGGAGAUUGGCACCUUCAUUGAUGAUAACCUGAAGGCGGCUGAUAACGACCCCACAGCUCCCCCCUAUGACUCUCUGCUGGUGUUUGAUUAUGAAGGUGGAGGAUCAGAGGCAGGAUCCCUCAGCUCCCUGAACUCUUCCAGCUCAGGUGAUCAGGACUAUGAUCGUCUUGGUGAGUGGGGACCACGCUUCAAGAAACUAGCGGACAUGUAUGGAGGAGGAGAGGACUAAGGACUGUGAGAAAGUGAGGAGAUCUUUCAGAAAAGUCUGGUCAGGCAUGAGGCACACGAUGGGUGCAAAUACAAGACAGUUUUAGUUUCCAUGUUGGCUUAUUAAUAUUGGAACAGCACUGUCUGAAAUGGGCCAAUGUUGCUAAAUAAAUUGCUAUUUUUUUUGUGGAUCAGUUAUGUUGAUGGAUGACAUUUACUGCAUGGUUUUCAAAGCACUGAGGUACAAUGUUUAACCAACAAUAAAAAGUUUUAUGAAGUGUUUGUACCCCCAUUUCUGUUGAGUUGGGUUUUUUUUUUUUUUUAGAUAAGAUUUUUAUGUUUGUGUUUUUUUUUAUUCAACACUGUAUAGUCAUUUAAGUUUUUACUUUUUUUUUAUCUCUAUAUAUUAAAUGUUGUAUACCAUGUAGCUUUUUUCUUUCUUGAAAACGUGGUUGCUAUCGGCUGUGCUAUUAAACAUUCUUUUGGAGCCAGCCAUCAGUAAGGUGGCAUUUGAAUUCUUUACUGAAUAACCUAUGCCUGACUGUCAUAGAUGUUCAGUAUUUGAUUUCCUGUCCCGAGGUUGAUUAAAUUCCUUCGGAGAGUGAUGGUCAAAGCAUUGCAGGAAAGCUUUAUGGAUAGAUGACUUUUUAUGCAGCUGUUAAUGUGCAUUUGUAAACAAACUGUUCUUGUUGGAGAUAAGUAUGCUGUGGUACUUCAGAUGUAUUUCACCAUGGUUGAUGCACACCAUUGGUCAUCUGUAUUUUGGCAAAAACAGAAUAAAAUAUCGAGUCGAUUUAUUUUUA